AUGACUCCACACAGAUCCAACCAGCAAGGGCACCUUCCAAGUUUCCCACCAGGAUUCCCACCAAUGCCAUACCCAACUACACAGAACCAAGAUUGGGAUAUGAAGGAUAUGCUCCAACAACUCCUUCAAGGGCAAGCCAAAGGUUCACUAGACAUGAACCACAAGUUGCUAGAAAUAAACUCAAAACUGGAGUCAUUGACUUCAAGAGUGCAAACCAUUGAGUCUUCUACUGUGUCAUCCUCUUCAUCUCACGAGUAUGCUCAGGCUGUUACACUGAGAAGUUGGCGACAAUUUCCAAGCAGGGCUAGCCCACCCCAAAUCUCUGUGGACAUCGAUGACGAGGAAGGGGAGGAUUUGGUCGAGUAUGACCAUAUUCCGGCACCGAACUCGAUCGAGCUGGAACAAAACCCUGAACCCGAACUCGAUCGAGCUGAAGAAACCGAGACUCAGAAAGACAAACCAGAACUCGAUCGAGCUGAGAAGAGAACAGACAAAGCAAGCUCCAGCCAACCAGUUAAACCUGUUGCAAGGAAGAAAGAUACUCCAGCACGACCAUGA